AUGGAAGAACCAGUGACUCGGCCUGGCAAGAAAUUAUGGGCUAUCGCUCGUAAAAAAGUGAAGGUGAUAGCUCGUAUAAAUGCAAUGAAAAGAAUUACUCUUUAGAACUAUUACGGAGUUAGAGAUGACAAUGAUUUUGUAGAGGCCACUUAAAUUAAUAAAUGGGUAAUAUACCCUGACUCAAAAUGUAAAGGGUUUUGGGAUUUUAUCAUAAUACUACUGAUGCUUUAUACAUGCACAAUUUUGCCUUUUCGAUUAGCCUUUUAGGAUUCAUCAAGUGAAGUAUGGAACACAAUAGAUGAAGUGUUCAAUUAUGUUUUCAUAGCUGAUAUAAUUAUUAAUUUCUUUACUGCCUACUAAGAUGCUGAUAAUGUUUUAGUUACAAGCAAUAAAUAUAUAGUAAUUAAUUACUUAAAGACUUGGUUUCUAUUGGAUCUAGCUUCAGUGUAAUAUAAUAACUAUAAUUCAAAGGGUUCCAUUUGAUUAAAUAUUUCAGCCAGCCCAAUAAACCGAAACAAGCACAACCUAAGGAUAGAAAGGUUCAUAUACUCAAUUACUGAGAUUGACAAGACUGCCUCGUUUAUACAGACUUUUGAAAGUAGUAAAGUUAUUCAGAAUAGUUCGUUUCUAAUAAACAAAUAGAUCUUCUCUUUUUUCGAAAUUAAUAAAGUCUUGUAUAAAAUUGGAUGCAAGCAUAAAAAGAAUGAUCAAAAUAAUGGGAAUGUCAUUGUUAUUUUUGCAUUUGAGUAGUUGCUUUUAUUAUCUCAUAACGAAAAUUGAAACUGAUUAGGUUACAUGGGUGUCAAAUUUGGGUUUAGAAGAGGCUGAUGAAGCAACCUUAUAUAUACGAUCAUUCCAUUGGGCAUUGCAAACCCUAACAACAGUAGGAUUUGGAGAUGUGUCUCCAUAGACUGAUUGGGAGAAGCUGUAUGCCAUAUUUUGGAUGGGUGUAGGGAGUGCUUUUUUCUCCUUUAUGAUUUCGAAUUUGCAAGGAGUAGUAGGAGAUUCAGAGAAGUCAGCGAAGAAUAAGAUUAUGAGAUUAAAUGUGAUUCAGAAUAAAAUAAAGAUUCCAGAUUAUUGUAUUUAUAUAAUUUAUCAACUUAUUAAGUGUUUACAUUGAUAAAGAGACAACUCGAAUCCCAAUAAGUGGAGAAUUCUAGAUAAUAAAUAAUAUUGCAAACUAAGCCACUGAUCAAAUAGUUACCUACAUGUCUAAGAUCCUCUGUUUAAUUGUGUAUUUAUGCUCAUGUGAUUGAAAAAAUAAAAUUUUUAUAAGAUAAGGACAUUGAAUUGAUAAUGGAUGUGAUUCCUAAGAUAUCUCCUCUGAAUUGGGCCUAAGGUGAUAUCCUAUUUUCAACUGAUGAUUAUGCAGAAGAAGUGUAUUUUGUUUCAAUAGGAGAGAUUACUACUAGAGCUGCUGAUGGUUCUACGAUUUCUGUGUAUCGAGAAGGUGACACUUUGGGAUUACUGGAGGCCAUCUAUGAUGUAAGGAGGAUAGGAACUGCUAUUUGUAGUAAGAACACAUAACUCUUUAGUUUGGAUAGAACAACAUAUCUUUAAAUGUUGUAGGACUAUCCAUAACUACUGUCUGAAGUCAAGCAAUAGGUUGACAAAAGGAUUAAGGAAGUCAAGCCAUUUGUUGAGGAUGCAACUAUUCUUAAUAGAUCUAUCUAUGAAGUUAUGCAAGAUUAUUAGAGGAAGAUUAAUAAGAUUAAGAAGAUUAUUGAGUAACUACAAAAGUCAGAGGACAGUAAUGAUAUCAUUGACACUGAUAAAAAUCAAUUGCAAAUAUUUUUACAGAGCAAUCCUCAAUUAGCUGAUAUUAUGAAUCUUUAGAGAGAAUCUAAUUCUAGGGAAUCUGUGAUGUUUGAAAAUGCCAAAAGCAUGAACAAUUUAAUUGAUUAACUAGCAGAUUUGUGGCAGAAGCAAUUGAUCGAAAAAAUUGAUUAAAUGCACACUGAAACAACAUAUAUGAUUCAAGCAGUUUAGGAUAGAGUGGAGUAUUAUCAGAAAGCUACAAAGAAGUUUUCGAAUCUGAAAAAUGAUUUGACUAAGCAAAAGGAGAACAUUCAGAGCAUGACAAAGUUAUGA